AUGCAUACCCGUAUUAUUGCGUUCCCGAACUUACUAACUAUGUUCCAGACUCGAGAAAGGCACAACCGCACAAUGCUUUUCAGAAGGUUGUUUUGGAAACCCAUUCCAUUUCUAUCUUCCUCCCGUCGACCGAGCUUCUCUUCAUCCACUGCAUCUCGUGUUCUGAGAAUUGGAGACGUUUUGAGACAGUCCCGGAGAUUCUCUGAUGUGGAUGUUCUUGGGUACUCGAAGCUGAGCCAUGACGUCAAUCCAUUGCAUUUUGAUUCAGAAAGUGCCCGAGAUGCUGGAUUCGAGGAUCGUCUCGUUCAUGGGCUGCUUGUUGCUUCUCUCUUCCCUCGGAUCAUUGCUUCUCACUUCCCUGGAGCUGUGUAUGUCUCACAAAGCUUGCACUUUAAGUUGCCAGUGUACUUUGGAGAUGAGGUGGUGGCUGAGGUUCAGGCAGUUAAUCUAAGACAAAACCAGGAGAGAUACAUAGUAAAAUUCUCUACGAAAUGCUUUAAAAGUGGGAAUCUUCUUGUGCUUGAUGGUGAAGCUAUGGCCACAUUGCCAACUCUAGCCGUGGAUGAGUGAGAGCAAUGUACCAGCUGAUUGAAGAUGGCUUUGGCGGUUUGGCCAGAAUUUUCCUUCUCAUUUGCAUUUGUUGAUUGCCUCCUGUACCUUUUAUUGAAGCUAGAUAAAGAGUUGCAUCGAUUUUUCUGCAUGCAAUCAGGACUACUGACCAUUGACCAGAGCCCAGAGGUAUACUAAAAUCAGAAUAAUACAUCUAAUGCUUGAGUAACAUGUUACAAGGAAUGCAUAUUUUUUAUUUAGCACGCAACAUAUCUUUAUUAUUUUUGUAUC